AUAACUGAAAUGGCAGGUUUAGAUAUGAUCCGGUCAUACCUAUCCGAAUCUGAGGAUUCCGACACCCAGGAUGAUUCCAAAAUAAACAGAGACAAAAUUUCAAGCUCUGCAAAGAAUCUGUUACAAAGAUUUUCGGUUCCUGAGAGUAUAUUGUCAUUGAAAGGUACGAAACAUCAUGAAGAUGUUCACGAUGAUCCCAGCCAACAUGAUGGGCGAACAAGAACUUUUAAACAUGAACGUGGAAACUGGGCAACACUUGUUUACAUUAACUAUCCUGAUUACAGCCCAAUAUGUUCAUGGUUGAGGGAACUACCACAACAGAUUGGAAUUAAGGAAGUUUUGAACUUUUUUACAGAAUUCCAUUUAAGUUUAACUCGGUGUUUGGUUCUAAAAUUUCACUGGAUUGAAUCAUUCGUAGAUAGCUUACAGAAGCUGUGUCAAUCUACAGGUGAAAUAUUGGUAGAAUUUAGGGAUUUGAAGGUAUACUGUAACGAGGAUAGGACUCGAACAUUUCUUGGUUUACGGUGUGAAGACAGGAAUAAAAUCCUCAAACAAUUCGUGAUAAAUAUUGAUAAAAUACUUGCAGAGUAUCAGCUACCAUCAUUCUAUGAGGACGCGUCGUUUCAUGUCAGCAUCCUAUGGUGCCUAGGAGAUGUAAAGGAAAAACUGAAUGCUUCGCUUCCUGCUCUGAAUGAAAGUUGGAACAGUAUUUGUGCUGAGCAUUUUUUACACAGUUUCGAAGUCAGCAAGAUUAAUUGUAAAAUUGGCAACAAAAUGUACACUUUUCCUCUGAAGUAAAGGUAUACAUGAGUAUAAAUAUUCAAUGUAAAUAAAAGUAGUUACAAUUUGGAAGAAUGUGU